UUCUUGACAUACGGUUCUAUAUGUUCCUUCGAUCUCUGCUUUCUCAUCUUCUCUGCGGUUUUACAGAUCAUAGGGUUCGAAAGUCUCCAUCAACCCAGAAACCUCUCUUCAGGAAAGUCAUAAUUGAAGGAAAUUUUUCAAAUAAAAUCGUUGAAGAUGGAGAAUUCCAGCUUCAUUUCUUGCGAAAAGCUCGAUCGGAUGGCAAAUUGGGUUGGCACGAAUGUGGCAUCGGCGUUCUUUGCAUCGCUGGAGCGGUGUUCUUGCAUCAAUCUCAGUACCAAUGAUAUCGAAGACGAGGAAGAAGCCAAGGAUCGCCCGCUGAUGCUCACCAAGCCGAUCGUUCACGAAGGCCCUGAGACCAAUGAUGUCGAUAAGCUCCCCGUUUGAUCUAUUCUUUUGUUUGCUAAUUUGUGUCGGUAUUCUUCAGUCCUCCCCCGUCUCCUUUAUCAUGUCUUUGUGUCUUCUUCUAUAACAUGUGGUUUUGGUUUCUUUGGAGAGAGAUUAUGAUUUGUUAAUUGGGUUCUAUUUGUACUGUUGUGGAUCUUGGCCCCCUCCCCCUUUGUAGAAAUUUGGGCUGUUAGUGUUUCUCAAUCUUUUGUUUGAACGCAAUUCUUCCCUCUGUAUUUUGCUAUCGGAAGAGCUAAUCUGUUCUCUUUAAUUCAACUUUGUGGAGUAAUGGGGGAUUAGGGAGCCGUAUUUGAAGCUAAUGAAUACCCAGAAGUUUAAGCA